AUGGCCUCUUUUCGUAAAAUGGUGCCGGCUUCGGCACUUAUCCACGAAGGAGGAGAUGAUGUGACGGAGAAGAAAUCUAGAAACGAGUAUCGGAAAGAAAAAGAUCUUGAGGAAGAGCGUAAAGCGGGAACAGCCCCUGCUAUGGUUGAUGUCAAAACUGGAAGAGAUAUCAAUCCGCAUAUCCCUCAGUUCAUCUCCCAAAAUCCCUGGUAUGUACCCAGCGAAGGACCCACAUUAGAGGUAAGCCCCUGUAAUUCAACUUUUUGGUUAGGAAUCUCUCUCAAAAAAUUUCUUACAGCAUCAACGUCCUCAUGCUGAAA